AGCGCGAUCCAAUCUCCGUAUACAGCCUAACAAUACUGCCGACCUGUCGUCUUCGUUGUCGAGGAGGCACCGUCCGAUUCACUGUUAUAAAAUAUCCACCGGGCGCCGGUUUAUUGAUUCGUCCGUCGUCGUUAGUUGUACACCAGCAGCUGCCAAGUGUGCCAUCCGGGUUCUGAUCAAUUUCCAUUUUUUUAUUUUAUUGUUUUCUCCAACCCAUAUUCACCCUUGUCGCCAUGUACAACCUAAGCCGUUUAGGACGUAAUGUGUCGGAAAGUGUCCUGAGGACAACGUCCAUAUCAUCUGCUCGUGGACUCCAUGAGAUGCCUGAUCACCUCAAGGAUGUGCCAACAGCCGAGAACCCACGAUUCUUUGACAUGGUAGAGUAUUUCUUCCAUCGUGCGUGUCAGGUGGCUGAGGACAAGCUCGUUGAGGACAUCAAAGCCAAGAUGUCUGUGGAAGACAAGAGGAAAAAAGUUAAGGGAAUAUUGUUGGGCAUGCAGCCGUGCGAUCACAUUCUGGAGACAUCUUUUCCGGUUCGUAGGGACAGUGGUGACUAUGAGAUGAUUACUGGUUACCGUGCACAACAUAGUACACAUAGAACACCAUGUAAAGGAGGUAUUCGUUUUUCUUUGGAUGUUUGUCGUGAUGAAGUUAAAGCUUUAGCUGCUUUGAUGACUUUUAAGUGUGCAUGUGUUGAUGUACCAUUUGGAGGUGCAAAAGCAGGCAUUAAAAUAAAUCCAAAAUUGUAUUCAGAAAAUGAAUUGGAACAAAUUACUAGGCGGUUCACAUUGGAAUUGGCUAAAAAAGGAUUUAUUGGACCCGGUGUAGAUGUACCAGCACCAGAUAUGGGAACUGGUGAACGUGAAAUGUCAUGGAUAGCUGAUACAUAUGCUAAAACUAUAGGGCAUUUAGACAUUAACGCUCAUGCUUGUGUUACUGGUAAGCCAAUUAAUCAAGGUGGAAUUCAUGGUCGUGUAUCAGCUACUGGUAGAGGUGUUUUUCACGGAUUAGAAAAUUUCAUUAUGGAGGCCAAUUAUAUGAGCUUAAUUGGUACAACACCUGGAUGGGGUGGAAAAACUUUUAUUGUUCAAGGUUUUGGUAACGUUGGAUUACAUUCAAUGCGUUACUUACACAGAGCAGGUGCUACAUGCAUUGGUGUGAUUGAACAUGAUGGUUCUAUUUAUAACCCAGAUGGAAUUGAUCCUAAAGCAUUAGAAGAUUGGAGAAUUGACAAUGGUACUAUUUUAGGAUUCCCAGGCGCUCAGCCAUAUACGGGUGAAAACCUGAUGUAUGAACCUUGUGAUAUAUUAGUACCAGCUGCCACUGAAAAAGUCAUAACAUCAGCUAAUGCUCAUAAGAUCCAAGCAAAAAUUAUUGGUGAAGCUGCUAAUGGCCCUACAACUCCUGCUGCUGAUAAAAUUCUAAUAGAAAGAAAUAUUUUGAUUGUACCAGAUUUAUAUAUAAAUGCUGGUGGUGUAACAGUAUCAUUCUUUGAAUGGUUGAAGAAUUUGAAUCAUGUUUCUUAUGGUCGUUUAACGUUCAAAUAUGAACGUGAAUCAAAUUACCAUUUAUUAGAAUCUGUGCAAGAAUCAUUGGAACGUCGUUUUGGCCGUGUGGGAGGAAGAAUUCCUGUUACACCUUCUGAAUCUUUCCAAAAACGUAUAUCUGGAGCAUCUGAAAAAGAUAUAGUGCAUUCUGGAUUAGAUUAUACAAUGGAACGUUCAGCUCGAGCUAUCAUGAAAACUGCUAUGAAAUAUAACUUGGGUCUUGAUCUUCGUACUGCUGCUUAUAUCAACUCGAUAGAGAAAAUUUUCACUACCUAUAAAGAAGCUGGACAAACUUUCUAAUUCUUUUGUUUCUACUGUUUUGGUGGAAGCUUACUAAGGAAUUUAGGUGUUGACAAACAAGCCAAAUUCAUAUUUUUUAAUUACAUUAAACUUUUAAUUAUUAAUUAUUAUUACCAAGUUGAUAUGCGAUCAGUCAUUAAUAAAACUAAUAAAAAGGAAUGAAUAACUUUUUCCUUGUUAACAAAAUUCAUCUUUUAAUCAAGACAUACUUUUAAAAAGUUCCUUUAUAGUAAAAAAUCAAUGUAUGUUAUUUUAUAAGAUAUAUAUUUACAUAAGUACUCAUUUGAGACCCAUUGAAUAUAAAAUUCCAUAUAUUUCACAACA